UCAUUUUCCACGGUCUAAAAUCAGUUAGUAAAAGGAGCCGAAAAACUCUUUCACAAAAGGUCCUGUAACUUUUACUACUCUCAACAAUCAUGGCCGCUUCAUUGGCGAAUCCCAUCUCCACAACUCCUCUCCGUUUCCAUUUCAAUCCAAAGACCAACAUUUCCUUCUCCGAUUGCAUCUCGAUUUCUUCUGGAUUCCGACAUUCCCCACCGUCUUCCCUCGGUUUGGUCGCAAAACCACCGACCAACACUCGCUUAUCCCAUCUCGUCAGAGCCCAGAGCUCUCACGAUUAUAUUCCAGACUCGAAGUUUUACAAGGUUGAAGCAAUUGUCAGGCCAUGGAGGAUCCAGCAUGUUUCAUCGGCUUUAUUGAAAAUCGGGAUUAGAGGUGUUACUGUUUCUGAUGUCCGAGGGUUUGGUGCACAAGGUGGAUCCAAGGAGAGACAUGGUGGGUCUGAGUUCUCUGAAGACAAAUUCGUUGCUAAAGUUAAGAUGGAGAUCGUUGUUAAGAAAGAACAAGUGGAGUCUGUAAUCAACACCAUAAUAGAUGGAGCAAGGACAGGAGAGAUCGGUGAUGGCAAAAUAUUCGUUUUGCCUGUGUCAGAUGUCAUAAGGGUUCGGACAGGUGAGCGUGGAGAAGAAGCAGAGAAGAUGACUGGUGACAUGCUUUCGUCAUCUUAGGAACAAAACAGAGCUCAAAGAAUGGCUCUCUGGUAAUAAUAAAAUGAAUGGAGUCUUUAGUUUCCUUUUUGUUUGUUGUUGAGUUGAUCAAGAUGUGUGUUUAAACUGUACAUGAAUGAUGCAGAAACAUCUGUCUUGGUUCUUAGACAUCGAAACUCUCUUUUCCUAAUAAAAGCAUGUAGUCCUUGCCUU